UUGGCUGAACAGUAGUAUCUGUAAUACUGGGGACCGCUGGAGGAGGCUGAGAUGGGUCAUCUACUGGACACUUCUGGAUGUAGAAUGCUGUGAAUGCUUCAACCUAAAUACAUUGAUGUGGUGGGCUCUUCCAUCGUUGAGCAAUUAAAUUGCAUCCAGUCAUAAGUGCAACUUUAAGUUAUUGUUAAAUUAAAGAACAGACUACACUUUUGAAUAAAAUUAACCCUUAAUUUAAGUUCGUCCUUAUUAUCCACCUCUUCAGUCUUCCCUGUUUCACCCAAAUCCAUUUACACACUAGGUUGGGACCUAACGUGGAUCUGACUAUCUGUCCCCCUCCCCAGCCUGACACUUGUUUAAAACCUGUUACAUUUCUAAUUUUUCAGUUUUGGUUAAAGACCAUUGACUGAAACUUAACGCUGUUUCUCCAGAAAUGAUGCCAGAAUUGCUGAACAUUUCCAAACAAGAAGACUUUUAAAAUUAGUGGUGCCGCUUACUAGUGGUACCGAGGGGUCGAUUUUUGUUUUGCACCGAGUUUGAGUUAUUUAGUUCCCAAUGAUGCACAUGCCCCAGACCCUUGUUUUGCAAUAGCUCCCAGUUUCAAUCGGGAGCUCGACAGUAAGUCGCUGGUUGCUGGGAGACCUGAGCUGGCAAGCAACACGCACUCACUCAGUCACGCUGUGAAUCCAGUGCCUGCCACCGCCGCUAUGUAGUCUGGAGCCGGAGAACAUUUCAUCAACACUUUGCUUAUUCUUUUGUCUGUUUACUUUUCCCCUCCCGCCCCCUUUUGGGAACUCCAUCACGAUGGACGGCGAGAGCGACUCGAUCAGCAGCAGCAGCAGCGUUCCUUCCAGCGGAUCGAGAGAAUAUAAAAUCGUGAUGCUUGGCGCUGGUGGGGUUGGGAAAAGCGCAAUGACAAUGCAAUUCAUCAGCCAUCGUUUCCCUGACUACCAUGAUCCUACAAUAGAAGAUGCAUACAAGACUCAAGUCCGAAUUGAUGAUGAUCCUGCAUAUUUGGACAUUUUGGACACAGCUGGACAGGCAGAAUUCACAGCCAUGAGGGACCAAUACAUGCGAGGGGGAGAGGGUUUUAUAAUCUGUUAUUCCAUCACCGAUCGCCGAUCAUUCCAGGAAGCUGCAGAGUUCAAGGAACUCAUCUAUCAUGUUCGACACACAUAUGAUAUCCCAAUAGUUUUGGUUGGAAAUAAAACAGACUUGGAAGAGUACAGGCAGGUUUCGCAUGAGGAAGGCAAGGCAUUGGCAAGAGAGUAUAAUUGCCCAUUUUUUGAGACUUCAGCUGCUCUGCGGAUCUACAUUGAUGACGUUUUCUAUGGCAUGGUACGAGAAAUUCGAAGGAAGGAAGCUUUGCCAUCCACUGUGAAGAAGAUGAAGAGAAAAGGGAGUAUCUGGAGGAAGCUAAAAAGUUCACUCAAAAAAAAGGAAAGCACAAGUUGAAAGACACCAUUGUUUUUAAUUGAACAGGUAUAUCUGUGGUAAUUUUCAAUCUGUACAUUCAGAACAUCAAAGGUUAUUCUGACAGUUGAUUUAUUGAACUACGUUUAGAAGACUGUACGACUUCAAUUUCCUAAAAAUAUAACCCUUUUACAUGUCAACAUAGGUGAAUAGUAAAUAUUACGUUGGCUGGAUUUCAGUUAUAUAGAAUCGUGAUCCUUCCUGUUUAGACUAUUAAUGCUAUAAAUUCAACAAAAUAAUUAGGCUCUUUUUGAUGUUACACAUGUAAAUAAGUAUGCUUUCUUCUUUAAUUUCUAUCAAAGAUAUCUUUCAUAAUUUCUAUGAAUAUUGGUCCAGUGUAAGUUUAGAAUCUAAAACAUAAUUUUAUAAAUGCUUGUGUGCUUUGUGGUCCCACUCUUGUGCUUUACAUCUCUCUCAUUGUAAUUGCGAAGAAAAUAUGGCUGGGGCACAGUCAUGUGAAUUAGAAAUCUGGUGAUAUAUUUGAAGAGACCAAAUACUCCCAUUAUUUAUUUCUAAUUGCAAACAAAAAAAACAGAUAUUUGCUUAUUGGCUUAACCAUUUUAUUAGUCAUUGAUGAUCUAUUAAUAUUUCACCACCAUCUUUUAAUUGCAACUUAGUCAUCAGUUUUUUUUUAAAUCAAACCAAUAAAUGUAGGUUACGAAGCAGCUUCAUAUCAGAUUCAAAGCAUUAACUACAAAAACAAGUUGCUGGAAAAGCUCAGAGUUCUCCUUCUCCAGUUCUGAGGAAGGGUCA